AUCAGAUGCCUAAACCCUUACUGGCGAUUGACCUAUAAACCAGAACCUGGAAACCAGGUUCGUUGUUUGAGUUACUGUUCAUUAUCGGAAAGCAAACGCAAAUAUUUUGCUAAAACUUGACGAAUUUCGUUAACAUCCUUCCCCCCUUUUUUCAUUUAUGCGAAGUACUGUGAUUUUACGUCUAUUGGUGUAGUAAAAUGGUGCGUUCGAAGGCUUCUUCAAAGAAGCAGCAAAAGAAAGGCAUAGAUUUCAAAAAAAUAAAGAGAAAGCUAGGCAGGAAAUUGCCUCCACCGAAGAAUGCCACAAAUACUGAAAUUAAAUCCAAAGCAAUUGUACUUCCUGAGCAGAGUGUGGCAACAAACAAGGAAGGUUUAGCUGUGAGUAAGAAAGGAUUGACUUUGAAAGAACUUCUUCAGCAAACAUCUCAUCAUAACGCCAAAGUUCGAAGGGAUGCAUUAAUGGGAAUCAAGGAUUUAGUCCUUAAUCAUCCAGCAGAGUUGAGGCUGCACAGAUAUGCAGUUAUAGAGAAACUGCGGGAGCGGAUAAGUGAUGAUGAUAAAGUAGUUAGAGAAGCGUUAUAUCAACUGUUUAAGUCUGAAAUUUUCCCUGGUUGUGCUGAGGAUAAUCAAGGACUUCUCAUCUCCUUAUUGAUGACAUAUAUUUUCAAUGCAAUGACAAAUUUAGCAAUUGACAUCCGCUUGAUGGCUUUCAAAUUUUUUGAUCUUGUUGUGCAAUACUAUCCUCCUUGCUUUUCAUUAUAUGCUGAGAAGAUUCUUCAGAGCUAUGAAGAUAUUUUAAGGAAAAACCAGUAUUAUGUAGAAGACAAGGGAAAGCUCAGAACUACUCUUUCAGGGUUAGUCCGCUGCCUGUCACUGUUGCCAAGCAAAAAGCCAGAAUCUGAAAAGGGUAUUUCAGGAGACAGGAUGAUACAUGCUUUUGAGCCUGAUGCACCAACAGCAAAUACUGGUUUCUCUACCAUUAUCAAGAAACUAAAGGAGCUUGUGCUAGUUCUAAUAAACUGUUUCCAAGAAUUUAUUCCAUUGCUCAUUUCUAUGCCACAACUGGAUGCACAAUCAUUUGAUUGUAUAUUAUCCAUACUUCAAAGCAUAGAUAUUGCUGUAAGAUUUUUUAUUUAUGGUACUCAUGAAGUGGCACCUGAGUCAAUAUGCAAUCAAACUCUCUCAUCACCCUUGUCAAAGAAGUUAUUGGGAGCAUUUCCCCUUUAUCCAAAACACCACCUUUCUGUGAAGGAGGAUGAUAGAUAUUUUAUCCUGAACAUUGUCAUAACGGAGAUAUUUUUGCACCUCCGGGGAUGGAUCUGCCCUUCUGCAAAUUUGUUUGAGAAAUUUCUCGAGUUUAUAGAGAAUGCACUACUCGGCACGAUUUGUUGUAGCACACGUUCUGGUAAAGCAGCAUGGGAAAAGCAUGUAUCUUCAUUGCUUCCUUUCAUUCCCAAACUUGCAUCAGAAGUGGAAACUUGUUGGCAGUCACGCAUUCUUGAGUCAUUUACUCAGACAUUCAAGGGUUGCAAUCCAGAGUCUUCACUUAAAUUGGCUUGCCUGUCCAUGAUUGAAGAAAUGUUAAUUCCUAAUGGAGAUAAGCACUAUACUGAAGCAAGUGAUACUGUGGUAUUAGACUUUCAGACUGUUUGGAUAAGAGAGCUGCCCUUGUUGUUAAUGCUACUUGGUGAUAGACAACCAUCCUCUUCUCAGGUUGUCUUGCGCCUUCUUCUUCGUCUUGGGCAAUUUUCUGGUUCAAACUCUUUUCUUUUUUGGGAAUAUGAAAAUACUCAAUUUGCACUCAGUGAGUUUUACAGCACAUGUGAAGAAGGAAACAUAUACUAUGGUCCUUUCAUGAGACUUCCUAGGGAUUGUCAGGAGUUGUCUAUCUGUUGCCUUUAUUAUUUCUCUAACUUGAGUGCUCUUUUUCUGAAAUCAGUAGCUUUAUGUUGCCUGUGUCCUCAAUUGGAGCCAUUUGUAUCUUUCCGCAUUUUAGAGGUUCUGCAUGCUGCCUACAAAGCUGGACACAUCCAAAUUGCUGACCACAUCAGCUUCUUCAUGACUUUACUAUCUCGUUUCAAAGUUUUCCCUGAAAAUAUAGAUCCUGUUAGAGAAAGUGAUGUGAAGGUUUCAAAUCAUGGAGCUUUUAAGUCUCUCACCAGCGUGCUUUGCUCAUACUUGUCACAGAUGGGUGAUAGUUCUGUUGUUUUACAAAUACUAGAUAAAGCAAUCAUUGGCUUGAUAUUGUUGCAACCACCUCUUGACAAUGCAUGUGCAAUGUUGAGAGUGCUCAUUGUGCUGGACUCUAAACCCACUAGGCUUUCUGAACAAAGUAUAAUUGCUCUAAGCAAUUUCCUUCCCGGAUAUCUUAUGGAUGUUGUGCAUUGUAUUCCAGAAGAUGAUGUUCGCACAUGGCGUUAUUACCUUCUACCAUGCUUUUUCUUGUUUGAUAGGAGUAACAGGAUUCUGAAGCUUGUAUUGGAUGUAAUUGGUUCAUUUUUAACUGACAGUAAUUUGUCGCUUCCAUCUGAUACCUCUACAAGAUAUGCCACUGACAGUCUCAGUCGGAUAAAUGCGACUAUUUCUCUGCUACUAUUAAUGUACAAGGACAUUAAAGUUCAGAAAAUUAUUUCUUUAUUCAGAACAGAGGUCAGCUCAAUUUUGCAAAGCAUAGCUUCUUUACAGUCUUCAGAAGUCAAGAUGACCCUUGAAGAAAGGCACAGAUUUCAAUGUUCAUUUGAACAAUUAAAGGUGGUUACUAGUACAUCACCAGCUGGCUGAUUAUCCAAUGAACUUUGGGCACUCAAAAAGGCAUUUACCCCUUUGAGGGUUUGGGAUCGGGUCUAAGCAGAAAGCAAGCACAAAAAGGGAAAAUGAAUCAAGUGGAAGGAAUAUUGAUGAAAAUGCUGGUUCAGCUAAUCCGACGUUGGUAAGGGCCCUGCUUUGGUUGUUUGUAAUUUUAAUGGUGGUUAGAGGGGAAAUUGUUGAUUACACCACGUGGUUGUAGGAUGAGGUACAUGCAUUGUAUAUUUGAAAAACAUAGAUAUAGCAGCCAGCCUGCAGUCCAAGGGAAAAGCCAUUGAAAUGGAUCCCAAGGAUUACAUAUUCCAAAUCAAAUCAGAAAUCCUGCCUCGUAGAUGAUUUAGCAGACGCUUAUGAAAUUUUUUAUAAUCAUCCAUUCUAUAAUGUAAAAUUUUCGGAUA